CAUACCUGGUUCCUUCCUAUUCUUUUGGCGAGAAUGAGGUUUACAACCAGAAGUUCUUCCCUGAUGGCAGCUGGCUGGGGUUUAUCCAGAGGAAAAUCAAGGCCAUCCUGAGCAUAACUGUCUGUGUGUUCUAUGGUCAGGGCCUCACCAGGCACUCCUGGGGUUUCCUGCCUUUCAGACAGCCCAUCACCACUGUUGUCGGGGAGCCUCUGCCGAUCCCCAACGUAGAGAAGCCAAGUCAGGAGAUGGUGGACAAAUAUCAUGCCCUGUACCUCAAGGCUCUGCGGGAACUGUUUGACGAACACAAGACCAAGUACGGGAUCUCAGAGACCACGGAGCUGACGAUCUUGUGACAGCGGGGGCCGGGAAGAGGGACCUCGGGAAGGCAGGGGCGCGUGGUGGGUGCAAGAGCGUGGGAAUGCGACCUCCAGUAUCAUAGUUAACAUAAGCAGCAAAAGCAGCUGUAUCCCAUGUGACUCUGGGCCAUCCCUGGCAUUACGUCUUCUCUGUUCUAUUUCCAUGUAAUAUCUGGCCUGGUUGGCCUAGACAUCCACCGCCGCCCUCUAGAUGCCAAGGACCGGGCCC